AUGUUUCAUUUUUAUGAAUUUGGGAUUUCUAUUUUACAAAUUUCUAUUUUGAUUUAUCUCAAACAUUUAAAGGUCCUGGAUUUGCGUGCUUUCUUGUCCGCAGAUUACAUCGAUUUUUUGUUUUACAUAAUGCAGCGAAUAAAGAAGGCUUCAUGUGUUUAUAAUUUUGUGUCUGUAGUUUUCAUCGGAUCAGUUUUAUGUUACGAUUCCGAUUUCUUCAUUGUCUUAUUCUAA